AUGGACGAAAAAGCCGCCGCCGCAGCAUCAGACCGCAUCUCUCCGGUCUCCUCCCAAACCACCACCGUGACCACCAACCAUCUCGAAGCCCUCGAUAAGCUCGAAAUCCUCCCUCAAAUCCUCCAAGAAGGCAUCCUCUUCGCCGGCUCCGGCGCCGCUCUCCUCCUCCAAGCGGCCUACCCCAACAUCAAAUCUGCCUUUGAGGAAGCCAACAAAACCAAGACCGAAACUAUCACCCCAGCCAACACCAGUAACGACAGCAACCUCGCCAACGACCUUAGCAACACCCUUCAAACUGCCCUCAGCUACAUCGCCUGUCUCGUCUUUGGCACCAAAGAGGAGAAGAAACUCCUCCUCGACCUCCUCCAAAAAGACAACGCCCCUCUCCCCACCAAACUCCCCUGCGACCCCUACAUCCAGCUCUGGCUCACAGCCACCCUCUACGCAACCGCUACCGACUUCUACCAGCGCAUCUACGGCCGCGUUGAUUACCGCACUGCCGAGAAAGCCUACAUUGAGUUUACUACGAUUUUGUCCUGUCUCAACAUCGCCAAGGACGUCUGGCCGCCCACUCGUCAGGCGUUCUGGACGUACUGGGAUGACCAGAUCGAGCGGUUGAAUGUCAGCGGGGAUGCGCAUCUCUUCGCGAAGGAUCUUCUGAAUCGGACGGAUUUCCCUCGCUGGGUUUCGACCGUGAAACCCUUGCUGAGGGUCAUUACGAUCGAGAUGCUCCCGCCUCGGAUUCGCGAAGCGUAUGGGCUCAAGUCGUCGGCUAAGACGAGAGGCUUGUAUCGCGGGACGAUGGGGUUCUCGGUCGCGGUGUAUCCGGCGUUGCCUGCGUCCAUGAGAGGGUAUCCGUUGAGGUAUUAUUUGGGGGAGUUGAAGGCGAAGUUGAAUGCUUAGCUAGCUUUUCUUUUUCUUUGUUUUAUUUAGUUGGCUAGGAUAGUUAGGUUUUUGCUAUGGUUUGGGCUAGUGAUUUGGAG